AUGUACAUCGUGCCUCUUCGGGAGCCCAUCGCGUGGCGUCCGUCCCACCUCUGGACUGGCCGAGAACCGACUCGACCGACAACGUCAUCCGGAACAAACGGCGUCGUUGCAUCGCGUCCCAUCCCGUUGAUCCACUCGGUUUGUGUGCGUGGCAAGCAAGACCUAAGGCCUCGCUCUCGACCGUCUCCCACACAAGACUCAAGACGGAAGACCGACACACGCGACGCCAUGUCCGCCGCCGUUUCGUCGGCUCUGGCUCAGCCACCGUCUAGUGUCUGCAGACUUAAGCGGGAGACAUUCGCCCGCGUCCGAAGGCGGUCGCACGCCGUCGCUCAAACUCCGACAGACAGCGCCUCUCGACCGCUUGAUGGACACUCAAGGAAGCGACGUGAGGCUGGUAGCAGUCGGAGAAGAGCUGGUGUCGCUUGUGUGGACACAAUGCAGUGCGCGCACUUGGCUGUAGGCAAGUGGAUGCGGCAGCUCAGUGUCGAGCUCUUUUUCGUGAUGAUCGUGCUGUUCUAUGGAGGGGUCACGGUUGUGCAGCUCACAGUGGCGGACGACACGUUGGCAUUGCAUCGACUUGCAACUGACGUCACGGAUGUUACGGUGGGGUCGAUUUUGCUGCUGGAAAUUGUACUACGAGUGUUUGCAGACGGAUGGCAGUGCGUAAGAGAUGUGUGGGUACUGGUGGAUGCACUGGUGGUUGUUCUCAGCUUCGUGCUGGGCGUCGUUGCUAUUGUAGGAACGACGUCGACGGUUGCGGUCCAGAUGUUGACAUUGAGGGGGAUUGUACGAGUGUUGAGAGUAUUGGUGGUGAGUGAGCGAGUCAAGCAGCGAACACGGUUGAUGAGCCUUGCGCACUUGAACAAGGGAGCAACCACGUCUCCGAUAGAGCACGUAUUGAUGGUCUUGAACGAGUUGCGGUUCCAUCCUGCGAUCCGGCCGUCGCUCCGAGCGGGACUGGACUUUGCCAUUGACGCUAUUAAAAACAACAGGUUGUACGACGCAACUGAGGUAUUGCUUGAUGUGGAAGGAAUCGACAACGACACACAAAAUUGGUUACGCGGUGAAACACUGCAAGGACAUGACUUGGAUGUAGUACUGCCUGAAGACAACGAGCUGGGCAGUCCGACCCGCAAACGUCCACGUUCAUUGACAGGUAGCUCGUGCUCUGACGUAGAUUUAGCGGCCGAUGACUACGAAGUUAGCUCGGGCAGUAGCACAACUGCGGGGUUAAAGCCUGCGUCACCCGUCAAACGUCGUCAAAAAGGCUCGCUUUUGCGUGCGAAUCGAGGCACGACGAUGCGCGACUUUCUCCCAUCGUUAGACUCUGCUUCUGAAUUUGAAUUGCACAACUUGCUUCAAGGCGUGAGCGCGUGGGACUUUGAUGUUUUUCGGGUCCACGUUGUUUCCGGCGGGAACGCGCUUUGCUGCAUUGGACAUCACCUUCUCCUCAGCACUCCUUGUGAAGCACUGAAUAUUGAUAGCGACGUUCUUGUGAAUUUUCUGUUGGAGAUUCAACGCGGGUACAUGUCCACGAACCCGUAUCACAAUGCCAUUCACGCAGCUGAUGUCAUGCAGACUGUACAUUUCUUCCUUAUCCAGCCCGAGCUGGCACCGAUUUUACGUCCACUGGAUCGUGCACUGUCACUUAUUGCUGCAGGUGUGCAUGACUUCAUGCACGAUGGCUUUAACAAUAGUUUCCACAUAUCAACGGCAUCGGAAAUCGCGCUACGCUACAACGACAACGCAGUAUUGGAAAACUACCAUGUCGCCCAAUCCUUCUUGGUGAUGAAAAAGUCAGAGCUCAACGUGUUCGGCCAACUAGCGCCGGAUGACUUCAAGUACGCGCGUGACAUGGUGAUUCAAAUGGUGCUGGCAACCGAUAUGGCUAAACAUUUCGAGGACACGGAGCUGUUUAAGAACAACAUCUUGUCAGCAGCUCUUGAUGAAAAUGCUGUACUGGUCAAGACCGUGGGCGACAAGAAGUUGCUGCUCAAGAUGAUUCUCCACACUUGUGACGUAUCGAAUCCAGCAAAGGAGCGGAAAAUCAUGCUGCGCUGGACUGCGCGCGUAGUGGAAGAGUUUUUCAUUCAGGGAGACAUGGAAAAGCAGCUGGGACUCCCGGUGUCACCGUUUAUGGAUCGAGACACUAUCGUGCUCAGAAACAUGCAGGUUGGCUUUGCCGAUUUCAUCGUGUCUCCGCUCUUUAGUGUCUGGGCUCAGAUCUUGGUCAACGUGAACGCCGGUCCAUACCGCAUUCUGCUCUCGAACCGCGAGUUCUGGGCGUCGCUACCCGACGACUUCAAACCACAUAUGAUCAAGGACGUGAUCCGAGACCGGCGGCCUCGCGUCACGAUGACACAACGAAUGGCUUUGAGGGAUCAACUUUCGCCACGUUCGCGUCGCAGUGUCCCGAAAUUAUUACUUGCAACGGCUGACGGCUGA